UUGACCAUUUUCGUGAGUUUAAUUUUAAACCAACUUUUUGUAGAUCAACGCCACCUUAAUUCGAGUCGAUUUUCUCAUCAAACAGAAGCUAUACGACCGGAUAUCAACCUUACUACCAAAGUUAGCCGUGUUCCUGGACCGCGUGGCCCUAUCAACCAUAAAUAUGUUCACUCAAGCAAAUCUCGUUUGGCCAUAGAGUCACUUAAUUUACCAAAUCCUAACAGAGUUACUGAAAUUGGUCGUAAGCAUGGAAAACGAAGAUCCAUUAGCGAUGAAUCUAUUAAGAUUAUCAAAAAAAAAAUUGAUUCCGAUCAACUUUUUGAGCUACAUUCUAAUUCUCUUUCUAAACAAAAAGAACGGUCUUCAUUAUCUCCUCUUCUAGUAAAUUUAUCUAAAAUCAAGCGUAAAUAUCACGGAGCUAUUACGACAGAUUCUACUAACAAUACUGAAAAUAUGAUUGGAGCGUCUCCCGAGGAAACAUUAUCGGAUUCUACUCAAGUGAAAUCUCUGCCUGGCUUCGAAAAUUCGAAUGGCAUUUCUGCCGAACCAGAUAUUGCAUCUCACCAGGCCAGGAUUUGUUUCUCCUCCCCACCAUCUACUUCUGCAUUCACUGCAAACCAUGUUGAACUCCAUCGACACCGCUGCAUAUCAUGGGCUUGUGACUCCAAUACUUGCCACAAACAUGAAGCAGAGUCUACAUUAGAGUCUGGCAAAUCUGAUUUGCUGAAUUCAUGCAAAAAGUUAUGCCUUGAUGUCGAUGUUCAUGAUAAAAAUAUUUCAAUCGAUGACUCCUGCCCAAUUCUUGACGAUGAUGGCGCUCAAAUUAGCCGGUCUCCCUCUUUACCUGAGAUUGGCCUCGACAUAGUAUCUUCGCCCUUAACAGGAACUGAUAGAUCUAUUGAAAUGUGUGAUGCUCCCGACCUCAUCAGUUCUGCCGAUCAUUAUACUCAUGAGUAUAGCCCACCGAGAUAUCCACUCGAUCCCUGCCAAUUAUUGAAUAGGACCACGGCUGAAUUGGAGAGUAUGUGCCAUUUCUAUGUGGAAAAUUUGAAAUGGAAAGCAUAUAGAAAGCAGCAUGAUUCACACGAGGUACUGUCUGAACCGUCUCACUCUCUGAAAUUAUCAUCUUCGACUGCCAAUGCUGACCCUAGUCAGUCUGGAACAACUACUUUUGUAUUCCCUUCCCCUAACCCUUUUGCUGUUAAUUCGGCUUCUUCUACCUCGUCUACUUCAUCUGGAUCCAUCGAUUCUGUGGCUCUUACUGGAGGGUUCUCAGAUUCAAGUACCUAUGACUCAGUCAUACCAACCAAAAUUCCUAUCAUAGCAGCUAUUCGGGAUAAUUCUCUCGUCUCAGAUGAGGAUAUCAAAGGGUUGCUUGAAGAUAAUGCCGAUCUCCAUGGCUAUGCAAAAGAUAUUGCUGAUAAGCUGAGUAGACAUAGAGAACCAGAAAGCGAGGUUGAACGCGCAGUUGCUUCAAUUGUUGAUGGUCUCAGGGAAGCUAGAGAUGAAAUAAAAGGCGAAGAAAGAGAAGAGAAUUUGAUAAAUCCUUUGCCGAGCAGUAGAGGAAGACUCUCUCACGAAGAUCAUCUAUCUGAAAACCCGGAGUUUGAUUUAUCUCGUCCAUUAAUCCCAGAAACUCUUACUACUAGACUAGAUAGUACCUGUGGGUCUAAUGGUUCUUCUGUCAAUAAAAAAAUAGACGAUGAUGAUUCAGAUGCCAUUCUAUUGCUGUUUUCUGGUUCCCCUGCAGGCGUAGAGAUUAAGGACCAAAGCACGGACAGAGAAGAAUCAGUCAAUUGUUCCGUACCGGAUUUCGCCUCGUCCACUGCGACCACCACUCAUAUUGAUCCUGAACUAUUUGCUCAGCUUACCGAUGAGCGCUUUCUUUUUUUGUCACCCUUUAGUUCUCCUAAAUCUGAUGACCUCCAAACUCAGUUUCCAGUACUAGACAGAGAGAAUGAAAAAAUAGAUCGUACGGAUGAUACUCUCGAUUUUAUGACGUAUACAAAUGUUUCGGAUGUGGCCUGUGUUGGAGACGAAAGUGACACCGAAGACGAGCAUAGGCAUUCGCAAAAUGAUUUAUCUAACAUAUCUUUACACGCAGAUAUCAACAAGUGCGAUUUGGCGGAGAAAACGGAUGGCUUAAACUUGGAGAUUAAUCACUCUUUUCAAUUAUUAGGUUCUACCUCAAACCUUAGUUUUGUUGAUCAGAACAUCGCCAAAUCUUUGAGUAAAAGUAGCGAACAUUCAAAUAAUGACAAGAAAGAUUACAGUGCAGCUAUACCUUCGUCACAGACUAGGUCUGCCAAGUCACGGUCCAAGCUAAGGUCUUCAACACACAUGGAUUCUCUUCCAUGUCACAUGCGACCCUUUGAUCCUCGUUUACAUUGUGGUGUCCUCAAAGAUGGUGUUGUCUGUAGAAGAAGCCUUCUUUGCAAGCUAUGUUUAGAAAACCUUAUUUAA